AUGACUUUUGAUCAAGGCCGAAGGGCAGCCAGCGGCUCAGACUAUCCGUCUCAUCCGGAGGACUUUCGUCAGCCGUCUGCCUUUGGUGUUGGUCAGUCCGACUAUGACCAUCAAGCCCAGCAGCGAGCUAACUAUGCUCUUGCCCUUCAAAUGUCAUGCCGAGACGUCGUUCAGACCAUCAAGGCAAGCGACCUGCUCAUGAGCAAUGAAUGGGCAAAGCCCCUCACGCAUGCCCCGAAUGCCAUCUCCAUCAUGGCUCUUUGUCUCAAAACGGCUGCUGUGCGUGAGGCUGCCAACAUCAAGGUGAGGGACAAGGAGAUCACGGAUGAGACUGGGAAAGUCAUUGGUCUGCUCCCGCUUGCUUUCCUUGACGCGCAGAAACGCAUGAACAACCUCCAAAGUGUCGCUCGCAGCAUGAUUGCGCCUGAGGGCACCAUCGCCUACAUCAUCGAUUUACUCAGUGAUCUGGAAGACGCCGAGGAUAAUCUUCCAGGAGCUAUGAAGCGACUGGAAACUAACGCUGAGAACUUCAAAGCUGAUGCUGAAGCUAUCACCAAAAAGUUUGAGUAUUGGGAGAGAGUGAUUAUGCAUCUUCUUAAGAACUCGCAAGAUGCGGGGUCGGUGACUGAAGAGAAACGAACUCAAAACACAGUCAAUGCUGUCAUGGCAGACGCAGAGAGACAAGCCAGAGAGAGGGAGGAAGAAGAUGCCAAGCAAGCCAUCCAAGAGCAACAGAAGUUGCUUCAAAUGGCCCGGAGACAGGUUGAGGAAGCCCAGCGAAGACUGAAUGCGCUUCUUGAUCGGCCACCUAUUGAGGAACCAUCUGCAUGGUCCGAUAUGAUCCAUGCGCGGGAGUUCGUCCCAGAUCGACCAGCACCAAGUCGUGGAGAAAAGGGCGUAUUCUCCAAAGGAUGGGGAUACUUCUUUGGCUCCAGCGACAGCGAGGUCGCAGCUGAGAACAGGCACAGUAAGGAACAUUCUAAGACUAUCACGAAUGAAAGACAGGCCUAUGUAGCCAAAGCAGUAGAGCACCGCGAGAUGCAGAGACGAAUGGCGCAGGCCCAAUUGGACGAAGCGAGAGGGAACGAGUCGAAGCUCUGGGAGGAACUUGACAAACAGACCGAAAAGCUCUCGAUCAGUCAUCACAGCCUCACGAAAGCUAAGCACGAUCUCGCAAAGACACAUGCAGAGCUUCAGCGUCUAUGCUCCGAGAAGAUUGAACUAGUACGUCUUGUCGUCCCUCUCAACUCGCAUACUAACAAGAAACAGGAGCAGAUCAUGAAGAUUCUCGAGGAGUCUAUGCGCCGCCUAACAGAACUAAAGAAGGAAGUCGAGGAGAUGGCAUUAUUCUUUAGCCGAGUGCAAACCGUCAUCACAACGACUGUAAACGAAAACCUGCAGAGUUUCUUAAACCCAAUUCAACGUGCGUUGGACAAGGGAGACAGCGUUGACAAGAUCCGGGAGAGAAGCAAGCAGAAUUUACUCCGAAACGCAUUCGAACUUCAGGGACGCUUCUCGGCUACUGCAGACGUGGCUAGCAUGUACGUCCUUGUGUCUAAUAAGUACAUCAGGCCGGGGAUCAACAAGAUGGAGGCGCUGGCGGCUAUGGAUGACAAUGAUUUUGAGCGCGGAAAGGAGGAGUUCAGGGACUGGUGUGACAGUGCGGCGGAGGAUAUUGUGCGCAUCACUGACGGUGAGCAGUCCAAGAUGGCGGAGAAUUUGACAAGAAAUGUUGAAGUUUUAAGUCAGAGGGCUAUAACAGGUGCUUUAUAG